CUCGACCCGAAGCCAGUCCGCGCCCGGAUGCGCGCCGAGGGGAGCGAGGCAGACGGCAGCGGCGGGUGGCGCGAGCUCAAGGUGCUCGGCUUCGCGCGGGCGGUGGGGUCAGUGUACGUGCUCGCCCUCCUCGCGCUCCGCCUGCGCGUCCGCCUCAACAUCGUCGCGCGCCACUACCUCGCCGAGCGGGAAGCGAGCGGAGGCGAGCCGCUGAGCAGGGCGGCCAAGCUCGCCUUCCUCUCCGCUGACCAUCUCUGCUCCUCCGGCUUUGCGCCGCUGCUGGCGCGGGUCAGGCGGGCCGCUGAGGCGCGUGUGGCGGAUUUGCCUCUCGACGCGGCGUUGUCGGCAGACGAGCUCUCCGCCAUCGUCGCGGCGGUACGCGACGAGCUCGAGGGGACGCACGACAGCGAAGACACGCCGCCCGUGCACGCCUUCCUGCAAGAGCCGCGAGAUCUGGGGAGAUCGAGAUCUGGGGAGAUCGCGCACGCGUUCCUGCAAGAGCCGCGACUCGACGACCCUGCAGCCCCCACCGGCGGAGGCGGAGGCGGAGGCGGAGGCGGAGGCGGAGGCGGAGGCGGAGGCGACCCGCAGCUAGCGACGCUCGCUUCCGAGUCGCGGUCGGCGUGCAGCGGCGAGCAGUUCCACGCCGCCCUGUCCGACAUGCUCGACGCCGCCUUCGCCGCCCUCGACGGGCACUUCCGCGCCCUUGUCGCGCCGCCCGCGCCGCCGCCGGACAGAGCCCACGACGACGGCGGCAACGGCGGCGGAAACAACGGCGGCGGAAACGGAAAGGGCGCCGCGCCGCCGGCGGUGCCGCUGGCGACGCUGAUUCCAAAGCUGAUCAAGCUGCCGGCGUGGGUCUUGCCCGACCCCGCAGGGCAGCCGCCCGCCGCCACGCCAAACGGCUCCGCGCAGCAGGCGACCGCACCAAACGGCGGCGGCCCUACCGGCGGCGGCCCUGGUGGCGGCGGCGCGACCUUGGGUGAGGCCGCCAUGUCCCUCGUCUCGGUUCCGUCGCUCGGCGAGCUCUGCUGGAGCUUGUUCCUCGCUGCGCCUCCCGACCGCCCCGCGCAACCCGCGCCUCCUCCCCACCGGGUAGAGGCCGAGUCGCGGCCAGGCCCAAGGCUGGACCCGGCGCUCGAGGCGGCGCUGGAUGCCGAGCUCGCCGCGGAGCUCGGCUGACAGCUCGCAUGUAAUCCCUAGAGUGCAUGCCUCUCUCCGGUAGCGAACCGUAUUUUCCCCUCACACAAAGUUCUACGAUC